UAUUAAGACACAUUUUUUUCAGUUUCUAGUCAAAGGCAGAAAGUGAAAAAAGAAAAUUUCCAACUCUAAGAGUGAGCCUCUUCUAUAGCGCUAAUUUUGGGGCUGAAGGUGUGUGGCAACGAACUCACUAUAGGCUGCUCCGCUUUUGUUUUUUCACGCCUGACUGCUCGCCAGAGUGACAGCCGCAGAUCCCGCACACCCCGCACAGCACCUGUUACACCCACGUGCGGCGCGGCGUCAAUUCUCGGAAGGGCUAUGCAAGAAAGUUUUUGAUUGGAUUUUACGAAGAUGCAGAUCUAUGUUCGCGCUUCUCUCCUCACUCUAGCAAUUUACUUCAAUUUCAUUGAAUUAAGUUUGCAGUACAAUACAACAGCUCUCAAGGAAGGCGAUAGGAUUCUACCAACUUUCUUGAACAUCCAUUAUUCAUUGACGGGUAAACCAAGAGUACUGGUAACAGUUGAGAAUAAUCCACCUGUUCAUGGAUUCAUAGACCCUGUGGACAAUGCAAUUGUUGGCUUAAUAGAACAGGUGGGGUCAAUCAGACUAGCGCGUGCAUUAAUGAUAGGCAGCGAAAAAAUUAGGGUGUACAACAACGGCUAUGGCCCCUUAUCUAAUUCUGACAUACUCAGAUAUCAACUCCAUUUCGACCAUGACGUCAAUAGUUGAAAUUUCUGACUGCAAAUAUUUUUUAAUAUAUUUUUAAGCUAUUUAUUAUGCCUAUAAGUUAUGAAAAUCAUUGUUGAUUAUUAUUAGUUUCUAUUUUUUUAUCUUUAUAUAGUAGAAAAAGAGGAUAUAUUGCUUUAUUGGUUACACAAAAUUAUUUGCAAAUUAUUAUACGGAUUAGUGGUUACACGGAAAUAAUUUUGGCACAGCAGCAGCGCCGCCUAUUGUAGAGCCGUUUGGCGUAGACUUGGAACAGUUUGUAUACCGACCUUGGCGCAACGGACGCCUCUAACUAGUAAGGUCCUAUAUUAGAUGGAAUUAUGCAACCGCCAUUGUGGUUCCCCGCCAAAUUCAAAAUCGCUAACUUGAUGUCGAAUUUUUAAUAGAUGAAUUUUGGUCUAAAACCUAAUUAAAUAGUAGUAAGUAACAAAAUUUAGAAAAAGUAAGCUGUAAUAUUUCAAGAUAAUAAUAUUAGAAAUAGGAAUGUUUUUAAAAUUUAUAAUGUAAUGAUCAAUUGAAAAGAAAAAUGGAAAAUUAUUCUACUUAUUGAUAACACGUUGAUUUUAACUAUUGAUUUGAAAUUGUGUAUUGUUCGAAAUGAAUAUAAAAAUGCAUACAUAUAGUAAA